AUGCACAGACUCCCACGGCCUGCUCGUCUAUCAAAUGAAGUCCCUAAGGACGUUAUUGUAAGAUUUUUUAUUACUUUGCACACAGAAACCCUGCUGGCAGCGGCGAGGAAAGCCCCAUCACUUCCAGAACCUCAUCAACGGAUCGCACUUUAUGCCGAUUUAUCAGCAGCUACAAUGGAAAAAAGAAGGGGAUUUAUAACAGUAACUAAAACGUUACGGAACAACGUGGCUUACAAAUGGGGUUAUCCCACCAAAUUAAUCAUCUGGCGUCAAGGUCGAAAUCACAUAGCGACUGACCCGACGGAAGGUAUGAAGCUGAUCUCAGCCUGGGGACUAUGGACUGGUACUCCUCAACCCCAAAAAGCAUCGUAUAAUGCAUCCCCGAGAAAACUUCAAGCAGACUGGCAAAUGGCGAAAUCACCAGCCAACACUCCGUGA